AGCAUGUCGGGUAAUGGACGCAAGGAUAAAGGCCGCAGUAACAACUCUUUUUCUGGUAGUGCGAGGCAUAGGGGGCAUCCCCUAAUUCUAUCGAUGAUCCACGUUAUAGGACGUCGCUCAUACCGAUCGAUAUGCCGAUAGUGACAGGAGUCGCAGGCUCCAACAUUCAGGGUGCUAUUAGUCAACAAACCGACAUGGUUGAUCCUCUACCAGACUUGGACGGGAUUCUUCGCCGUCAGUCUCGAGAGAUGGUUCAUAUGCCCCAGCUCCCACAGACGGAUUAUAGGCCUCAGCUCCUACAGACGGAUUAUAGGUCCCAGUCCCCACAAAUGUUUUUGAGGACAGGUGGUAAUGAUGGAUUUUAUGAUUACUGUUUUGAGGGUGCAUAUGCAGAGGCAACCUUUCGGUCACCACAUACCCCACACACACUGAUGGCACUGAACACGCCAUUGACACCGCAUGGCUCCGCCUCUAGAGGUAUUUCAGGAGGUCACGGCUCGAAUGCGAGUGAUUUUCACGCCUCGUCGUUGCCCCUCAUCAGUCGAGAUGGGGAAAAGUUUGUGGAUCAAAAAAUCCACAGUGCAUGUAUUCGUCUCUUUUGGGAGAAUUUGAAUCGUCUGUGUGCCCAGUUCAGUGAUACUCCAAUUGAGGCUCUUACGCGUUUCGGGGAAAAAUUGAUGGGUAAACCACCUACACAUUAUGAUGUUUUCAUGAAGACGCAUGGCACUGCUGAGUCGAAGAAAAGAUAUUUUGAGGGAAAUCAUGAAAAUCUCGAAUAUUGCUCACAGACGGCCAAAGAAGCACAAGAGGCGUAUCUGCAGGGGUUGGUCAACAAAUAUGGUGAAGAUCCUGCAAACCAUAAGGAUGAUGUAGAUGUAUGGGAGGAAAGACAACUUAGAAGAAAAGGAAAGAAGAAGGGUGCUGCCUAUGGAAUAGGAGCAUCAGAUAUACGUUUUUUGGUUCCGGAGACACCAUCUUGCCAAUCCACCCGAUCCACCCAGUCGGACAACACGCAACAAGAGGUUGAUAGGCUGCGUGCGCAAGUUUCUAUCAUGGAAUAGCAACAACAAGAAAUGGAAGAACAGAUGGAAAUUGUUAUAAGGAUGAUAAAUAUGUCUGGAAAUCAACCCCAUGGUCCCGCCGAUAAUCCACCCAAGGACAAUUGAUAUGUAUUUUGGAACAAUUGAAUUUGUAAACACUUGUAUUGUGCUUGUUUUGUUAUGCUUAAUUUGUAUAGUACUUGAGACAUUUGAAUGGUAUUUUGAGACAAUGGAAUGGAAUAUGUCAAACUUGAUAUUAGGGACAUUUUUUUGGUGUAUAUUGUACAAAUUAAAUUGAUAU